CUUUCCCCUCUGACGCGGUUCCUUCCUUUCCCACCCAAAAACUCAAACCUCUGCAGCAGUGAGAGAAAAGCAAGGAACCGCAUUCAAUUCUUACUCAACCCACUUGUAUGUAUUGUUUAAAGAAAAAAAGAAAGAACUGUGGGAUCUCGGAUGACAGAUUUUUAAAUGUAGAACAGCACGUAAGAUCCGAGCCUUCACGCUGGGAAAUAUCAGUCCGCUUUUGUUUGUUAUCAGACGGAAAGUUUGAGUUCUGAGUUCCUUUGGGUUACAGAUCUGCUGUUGCUAAUGAAGCCUCUCGGCGUGUGGGUAUUGAUCGGUGUUUUCUCGUUGUCAGGGGCUGCUUUAGACACCAUCCUCAUCUCUAACUCUAGUGCCAACUCUGCACUGAGCUUCUUCUUGUCCUGCAUCUCGGGGGAGCGGGAAGCCAGCAAGAUGGAGCUGCAGAUCUGGAAAGACAACAACAUCUUCAAGGUCCCCAAUCCACCUCAGUUUCAGUUCAUUCGGGGGAGGGGUAAAGAGCUGAGAGCCACGGGCUUCAGUAAGCCACUGGACAGCCAGGGCAUCUUCUACUGCAAAGCCAAGAGUUCAGCCGAGCAGACAGAAGUGGUGCUUAUCAACAACAACCCAAAAGCCAAAUUUCAGCCAAAGAUCCUCUCGGUCACAGCGAACAAGGGAGAAACAGUGCAGCUGGCUGUGAAGGUGCUGCAGUUCCAGGAAAGAGACAUCAUGUGGAAGUACAAUGGUAACUACCACCACAUGAGUCACGCUGGAGACAUCAUUAACGACACCAUAGUCCUGACGAUGGAGGGAGUGAAGGAGGAGAACACAGGGGUCUACAGCGCCGGCUAUCUGGCUGAAAGUCCCAUUUUCAGCGUCUUUCUGAGACUAAUAGUCAGAGUAUGUGAAGCUAAGAAGUGGGGCCCGCAGUGUGACCAGGACUGUCAGGAGUGCCUGAACGGGGGGGUCUGCCAUGACAAAGACGGGGACUGCAUCUGUCCACCUGGCUUCAUGGGGAGACACUGUGAGACAGCUUGCCGGUCGGGGAUGUUUGGUCGUAACUGCCAGGAAUCGUGCCAAGUGGAGAUGGACUGCAGCGGGCUGACAUUCUGCCUCCCGGAUCCCUAUGGCUGCAGCUGUGCCAGUGGCUGGAACGGUCCGCAGUGCAGCACGGCCUGUGAUAAACAGUCCUAUGGGCCCGGCUGUCAGCUGAAUUGCGAAUGCAGAAAUGGAGGGACCUGCAACCCCUUCAGUGGCUGCCAGUGUCCCACAGGGUGGCGUGGGCAGCACUGUGAACAAUCAGAUGGUGUCCCCCAGAUCUUGGACAAUCCCAGUAACCUGGAGUGGAACUUGAACUCCAGCCCCAGGAUCACCUGCUCUGCGUCGGGGAACCCACUGCCAGGGCACGGCAGCAUUGAGCUGAGAAAGCUUGAUGGUGCUGUCUUGAAGGCCACCAGCACCACCAUGGAGUCCAACAAGAGCACUGCAAUGUUCGAGAUCAAGAGGCUGUCGAAGGAGCACGGGGGGCUGUGGGAGUGCCGCGUCUCCACCAACGGAGGGCAGGAUUCACGCAAGUUCAACCUGACAGUGAAGACGCCGCCCUCCCCCAACACCCCUCCCAAGCUGCUGGAGAGGAGGAGCAAGCAGCUGGUGGUCCUGCCUGCAGAGACCUUCCAAGGAGACGGGCCCAUCAUCUCCACUAAGCUCCUAUACAAACCCAAGGACAGCGGGGCCCCAUGGUCCUCCAUCAUAGUCGACAAUGAGCCCACCACUCUAGUAAACCUCAAGCCCUCCACCAGCUACCAGGUGCGCGUCCAGCUCACCCGUCCUGGAGAGGGGGGGGAGGGGUCUGAAGGACCCGAGGCCAACCUGGAAACUGACUGUCCAGAACCCACAGUUCAGCCGAUCAUCGAGUUCACCGCAGUGGAGAGCAGGAACACCCUGUCGGUAAGCUGGAGUAUCCCCCUGGCCCACGGCAAUGGCAACGGCUUCGUGGUGCGUCUCUUCAGCUCCUCCAACACCCUGCUGAAGGAGGUGGAGGUCCCCUCCCUGCUCAUCCGCACUGCCAAGAUCCCAGACCUGGAGUUCAAGCAGGACUACCGAGUGGAGGUGAUGAUGAUCAACUGCGGGAGCCGGGGUCCGCCAUCCGAGCCGUACCCCGUGCGCAUCACCAGCCAGGGCCCCACAUCCCCCCGCAACGUCCAGGCCACCCCUCAGUCCAUCAGCGUGGUGCGGCUGACAUGGCAGCCCCCUGUGGACCCCAACGGGGGCAUCGUGAAAUACAUCAUCGAGUACAAGCAGGUCGGCACGGGCAGCCUGCACCAGUGGGUCGACACCGACGACGGCAACAAGACCAGCAAGGACGUGACGGCCCUCAACGGCAGCACCCACUACCAGUUCCGGGUCCGAGCCAACUCCAAGGUGCCGGGGGAGUGGAGCGCCCCUGUCACUGCCUGGACGAUGGGGGACGGACCCCCGAGUUUCACCCCGACCACACAGGAGGUGCAGGGGCUGCAGGGGGGCAAUGACCAGCAGCUGAUCCUGGCCAUCGUGGGCUCAGUGUCGGCCACCUGCCUGACCAUCGUGCUGGCCCUGCUCACACUCUUCUGCAUCCGCAGGAACCUCUGCCACCAGCGCCGCACCUUCACCUACCAGUCUGGAUCCGGUGAGGAGACCAUCCUGCAGUUCAACUCGGGGACUCUGACCCUGACCCGUCGCCCCAAGCCGCAGUCCGAGCCCCUGACCUACCCCAUCCUGGAGUGGGACGACAUCAAGUUCGAGGACGUGAUCGGGGAGGGCAACUUUGGACAGGUCAUCAAGGCCAUGAUCAAGAAGGACGGCAACAAGAUCAGCGCCGCCAUCAAGAUGUUAAAAGAGUUUGCCUCAGAGAAUGACCACAGGGAUUUUGCAGGAGAGCUGGAGGUCCUUUGUAAACUGGGGCAGCACCCGAACAUCAUCAACCUGAUCGGAGCCUGCGAGAACAGAGGUUACCUGUACAUCGCCAUCGAGUUUGCCCCCUUCGGAAACCUGCUGGACUUCCUGCGGAAGAGCCGCGUGCUGGAGACUGACCCGGCGUUCGCCAAGGAGCACGGCACGGCCUCCACGCUCACCUCCCAGCAGCUGCUGCAGUUCGCAGCCGACGUGGCCACUGGAAUGCAGUACCUCAGCGAGAAACAGUUCAUUCACAGAGAUCUGGCUGCAAGAAACGUGUUAGUCGGGGAAAAUCUGACAGCUAAAAUAGCAGACUUUGGCCUUUCCAGGGGAGAAGAAGUGUAUGUCAAAAAGACUAUGGGAAGACUGCCAGUACGAUGGAUGGCAAUCGAGUCUCUAAACUACAGCGUCUAUACUACAAAGAGUGAUGUGUGGUCUUUCGGAGUGCUGCUGUGGGAGAUUGUAAGCUUAGGUGGCACUCCCUACUGCGGGAUGACCUGCGCUGAGCUCUAUGAGAAAUUACCACAGAGCUACAGGAUGGAGAAGCCAAGGAACUGUGAUGAUGAGGUAUACGAGCUGAUGAGGCAGUGCUGGAGAGACCGCCCCUACGAGAGGCCCACCUUCGCUCAGAUCUCAGUGCAGCUGAACAGAAUGCUGGAAGCUAGAAAGGCCUACGUGAACAUGGCUCUGUUUGAGAACUUCACCUACGCUGGAAUUGAUGCCACCGCAGAGGAGGCCUGAGCUGGGUCCCACUGGACUCCUCCAGACCAUCCCACACUUUCCCAUUUAAACCAGGAGCCUACCACUGCCACGCUGCUGGACUCCUCCAGACCAUCCCACACUUUCCCAUUUAAACCUGGAGCUGACCACUGCCAUGCUGCUGGAUCAUCGAAAGGUGAUAAGAAUCUUUAAGAAGAACAGCAGCAAAAAAAAACCAAAACAAAAAAAUAUUCACAAAGACUGAACUUUAUAACGUGUUGAAAAGAAGAAAAUGGAGUUCCUUUAUCUGCAGGUGGUGUAGCGAGCCAUUCUUUAAUGAUGGAGCGUGAUGCUUCCUGUCAUGAGAUAUCGUGAUAGACGAGUAUAUCGUGAUACAUGAGUAAAAGCAAUAAGAUACUUGUAAUCCUCCAAAGGCUAUCGGAUUGAUGAAGAAAUAAAGAAAAAAUGUAUA